AAGAGUUCUCUUCCUUUAAAUAAAUUGAACCACAGUUUGCAACCUAUAUACUGGUUUCAUCACAAAUCCACCCCAGAAGAUGUAAUUGGAGGCCGUGGAUUACUACGUGAAAAAUGAGUCUGAGUUUAGUAGAAAUGGUUGGUGAUGCUGUAAAGCCUUCGUGUGAGCUCAUAUCGACGGUCAACCUUAUAUUGUCUGGAGAGUCAUUUUACCCGCAGUCCGCAGGCUCCUAAUCUACGUUUGUGUUAAAGCACAUGUGCACGUCUUUGUAUCAAUACCAAUUUAUCCACAUGAUUAUGUUUACUAUUUUGGUAGGUAAUAUCCACUCAUCACCACCAUACGUUUUUGCUGCAUGAAAACGACAACAUAAUAAUAGUGGGAGGAUUAAGUAUAACUGAUCGCAAUAAAAAUACAAACGAAAUUCAAAGACGUUACGUUAUUCGGUUUCGCAGAGAAGCAUAUUCCCGCCAAAAAGGCGAAUCCCGCACCAUCAGCUUCGCGCCACGUGGCUCCCGGGCCCCACCCCCCCGGCCAUGAUAGUCCCUAGCCUCCUCCUUCUCCUUCUUCAUUCCAGUCAUUUUGUUUUUCCUUUUAACUGUUUUGUUUCUGCUAAUCAUCGGAUUCAAAAUCCUCUAACUAUUUCUCGCUAUCAAUUUGCUUUUUCACGAUCGAUUUGUGUUAGUUUAUCAUACUGUUCGAAACUCUACUCAAUUACAAUCGGCAGACUGAACGCUUCUGCAAAAUGGAGAAGCCAGAAAUGCUGCCUGAGACGCUUGCUCGGAGUCAAAAUCUCACCACCGCCGCCGCCAAGAAAUUUCGUUGAAUCAUGUUUGGAUCACGUUAGAUACAAAAAGAGUUUCUGUGAGUUCACGAUCGAUUUGUGCUAGUUUCAAAAUUCUGUUCAAUUAUAAUCAUCAGACUGAAGGAUUCUGCAAAAUGGAGAAGCCAGAAAUGCUUCCUGAGACGCUUGAUUGGAGUCAAAAUCUAACCACCGCCGCCGCUGCUGUAAAGGAGGAGUUCGAUUAUAAGAAGCUGUGCGAAGUGAAGCGAUAUUACCCUCACGGUUACCACGGCAUAGACAGGCGGGGACGGCCUGUCUACAUUGAGAGAUUGGGGAAGCUCGAUGUGGAAGGGCUCAUGAAGGUCACCACACUCGAACGUUAUGUCCUGUACCAAACGCAGCAGUAUGAGAAGACAAUCAAAGUCAGAUUCCCUGCCUGCUCCGCCGCUGCAAACAAACACAUCAACAGGAGCAUCGCCAUCCUCGAUGUUCAAGCUGUGAGUUUCAAGAGUUUCACUAGUCCAGUGCAGAAGGUUCUUCUGCAGCUGCGCAAGAUCUUCAACGACAACUAUCCUGAGACCCUCUCUGAAAUGGUGAUUGUGAAUGCCAGCCCCGGCUUUAAGUUGCUUUGGAACGUCGUCAAGUGCUUCCUUGACCCUCAUACAGUGUCCAAGAUUCAGGUUAUUGGCAGCAAGUACCAGAGCAAAUUGCUUGAACUGGUUGAUAAAAGCGAGCUGCCCGAUUUUCUUGGGGGGAGCUGUUGCUGUAGGAAUGAAGGAGGGUGUCUCAACUCAGACAGAGGUCCAUGGAAACACACAUCUGUGGCUUACACUGGAGAGUGAUUUAUAAGCUAUGUUUUGCUGGGCUGGGCUGGGCUAUGGCUUGCUUGAUGAAAUAUAGUAGUUGUUGUAAAUGUAUAUAACAAUAGUAUAUAAAGUAAAUUCCACUAAGUUCAAGGAGACAUUGGUUUGGUUGAUCCUCACAACUACAUUAACCUUAAGGAACAGCAUAUCAUAGAUAGAUCAUGUGUUGCCCUUAACUGAACUUUCUUGAUGUUAUGGUUAAAUGAUUGUUCUAUCUUGUGCAA